UCACCUGUUAGUGGUUUUAAUGUUGUGGCAGGUUUUUGGAGUCAAAUUAAAUAAAAUAAAAGAUGCAUUAGUGUUAAAACAGCACCUUAAAUUCCCACUAUCAGGUUUAACAACAAUAGCACCAGUUUAGUUUUUAGCUAAAAUACCAGCUACACAAAAGAGUUUAAUAACUUUACAGAAAUCUCUGCUAUAAAUCAAUAAAACUGAGAGUCUACCAGUUUAAAAUGCAAGAACUGCCAAUAAAAUCUUUAGCUUUAUGCUCUUACUUUAUCUAAUCUUGUUCAGAGGAAGUCUUAAGAUUUCCCAAGUUAAUGCAGCCGCUAUAAUAGUGUUAACUCAUACAUCUGAUUCACAGGAUGAGUUUCGCAGCUGCACAUAAUCUGCAGCAUUGUCCCAGUUUUUUUUUUCUUUUUUUUUUUUUUCCUCCCUUGCCGUAAUGACACCCUCAUCACGACUCACUCUCUCUCCAUUCACAAAGCGAAUCCUGUCGUGACGGGAAGAACUGGCUCUGAACAGGCUGUGGGUGUCUCACAAUUCAGAGAACAUGUCUAAUUUUUGCAGGAUCCUCACAUCCAGCCGCACGCCGUCUUUUCAUUGAGCUCCUCUGAGUGCACGCACGCGCUGAAUAGGACCACACUGUAGGAAAUGUACAUUCAGAGCUGCGGCACCAUGUGAUUAGAGUCUUUCAAAGCGCUCUGCUCUGCUCUGCGUAUGCUGACAUGCACGUUUUUUUUUGCGUGGAUAAUACUAGCCAACACCUGAUGUCAUUUUUGACACGAGUGGCUGAAUGGACCGUGGCUGUGUAUAACGACGAUGAUGUUUGGCUCUUCCUGACAGAAGGCUCCCCACUUUGUGCGUAGAGUGAGGCAGCUGCCGCUUUGAAACACACUGAGAGAAAGAGAGGGAGAGCGGGAGCGAGAGGAAAGCGUCCUUAAACGUGGGCUGUUGUGUAAUCCCUCCCAGGGCCCCUUUGCUAUUUUUGUGCCUGGGUCCGCACGUCACGGUUGGGUAUUUUCUCUGGUGACUAGCUCGCAUCAAUAGAUCUUCUAAUGUACACCCAGUCGGCCAGCGGCUUCAUGACUGAUGGGACUUUACCUCGCUAAUUUCCUUCAUUAUCGUCACCCAGAAAUGGGGAGAAUGGAGACUAUGCAGCAUGAGGAAUGUCACAUGUGACUGUCGAUAUGGGACAGGGGACGAUUCAAAUGUCAGAUGACCCUUCCCUGCAAUUCACAUUUAUGUUAAUAUCACUACAGUUACAUAACAGAUAUUGCCCUUGAAAAUCGAUCGCAAAGGAAGUGACAUUGGAUUCAUGGAGUCACUUGAAACUACUGCAGGGGUGAAGAGCUCCACUGAGGUUCAGAACAGAAAUGUUGCACAGAAAAAAUGCACAUCAGAGGCAGCGCCGACUCGGAGGAGACCAUCGGUCGAACUGGAAGGCAAAGGGUGGCACCAACAACUAGAAGAAACUCAAAGAGAAACAUGUGGUUUCAAAGAAAUGUCUGACUCAGGGAAAUCACUGCAAUUAGAAGAUCAACACUCCCAAACUAAGUCCACAAGCCAUCAAGACUAUGAGGUGUCUUCAUAUCCACUACAGUCCACAAAGCAGUAUUCUGUCGGUAGACAGAAAGUUCCUGCAAAGUCGCCCAGUUCACCUGAAGCCCAACAACAGGGUUCCCAUUCAGGGAUGGAUCAGCUGUCAGAGACGGCAUGUAAGGUGGAACAGAAACCACAAAAGCCUGGGAAGUAUGUUUGUGAUUACUGUGGACGGGCAUGUGCCAAACCCAGCGUGCUUAAGAAACAUAUUCGCUCACACACCGGGGAACGGCCCUAUCCUUGUGUCCCCUGUGGCUUCUCCUUCAAAACCAAGAGUAAUUUAUACAAACACAGAAAGUCCCACGCUCACUCAGUCAAAGCUGGAACAGUGCCAUUCUCAGAACUUGGUUCUUACAAUGCCAACACAGAACAGGGGUCUUUUGAAGGGGAAGGAGAGUUAUUCUCUGAUGCUGAGCAAAGCACGGACACGGACGAGGACACUGUUAAUGACCCGCUGCUGCUGCUGGACUCUCCAAUGGAGGGAUCAGAUAACACUGCUGUAAAAGUACUAAAUCUCAUUGCUCAGAAAAAGGGAGCCACGUCAAUGUCAACUCAGGAUGGUUCAUCCCAGCCCCAAGAAAUCAAUGCACCUCCUGCCGCUGCCGAGGCUAGUCGUGCAAUCCAAUCUUCCACAAUCAAACAGAGGCUCGCACUUCGGCUGUCUGAAAAAAGAAGCAGUGACUCUGACCACAAUCUGUCCCUCCCAAGUCAGUCUAGCAAGGGCAGCACGGACUCCGGAUACUUUUCACGCUCCGAGAGUGCUGAGCAUCAGACCGGCCCUCCGAACGCCAACGCAAAGUCCUAUCAAGAAAUCAUGUUCGGAAAGUGUUAUCGGCCAAGCCCUAAACAAACAUCAGCUUACAGCACAGACUCCAGCGACUACACGGGGAAGCGCUCGGAGAAAGGGGUGUCCCGCGUUUUCACCCAAGAAAAAGACACCGUGGAGUCAAUCAAAAUAAACACAAAGUCGUUUUCAAAGGAAGAGGCCAAGGAGCCGGAGUUAGACCCUGGAUCUGAUGUGGGGCCUCUGAUCAGAAGCAACUCAAUGCCAACAUCCUCAGCCGUCUGUCUGACUAUGCCUCAAGCGCUCAGAGGCAGCCACUCGUUUGAUGAGAGAACAAGCACCGGGGGCAUGAGGAGACUCAGGCGGCAAGCUGCUUUCGAACUAUCGGCGCAUGAUGGCCACACAGACUCUGACAGCCACGGAAAGAUGAGUGAGAGCAGCGUUUCACCCUCAGGACUGGAAAUGGAAAAUUACCCCUCCGCGGCACCCAGUAUGACCCAUCAAAGACAUGCGAUGGAACUGGCAACACGCAAGCGUCGGAAAGAGAAGAGGGAAGAGGAAGAUUUGCCCGGUCACUAUGAGGUUCACCAUGAGCAGUGCGAAGAAAUGUUUGAUUCGAGCAAGGAUUACGAUGUGAAACAAGCAGCGGUGGGCAUUAUGGCUUUAGGGAAAGGACAUUCUCAGAUGGACAGGUGUGACAUGGACAUAUCGCUGAGCCUUGAAAUGUCUGGUAGAAAAACCUUAGGGAAUGUAAUUUCAGUCAUCCAACACACAAACUCCAUAAAUAGGCCUCACUCCGAUCAGUCAGAGUCUUACAAAUAUCACGGGCAGAGACAGGAAAGUAUUUCUUCAUUUCAAGCCAUGGAGGCAAGUGAAUCAUUUGAGCUGGAGCGGUGCGACAGUGGAUUGCGGCAAUCGGUUCAAGUGGGGCCCAAGCUUGUGCGGCAGCCCAACAUACAGGUCCCAGAAAUCAGGGUCACGGUGGAGCCUGACAGUCCAGAAAAAGCCCCAGAGGUGCAGGUAAAGGAGCCAGAGAAGCACGUGGAGGAGUUUCAGUGGCCUCAACGGAGUGAAACUUUAGCACAAUUCCCUCCAGAAAAGCUUCCUCCGAAAAAGAAAAGGCUACGCUUAGCUGACAUCGAGCACUCCUCUGGUGAAUCCAGCUUUGAGUCUGCCUGCACUAGUCUCUCCCGCAGCCCGAGCCAAGAUAGCAACUUAUCUUAUAGCUCCACUUUCUCCUUUGACAGGGAAGAGAGCUUAAAGUCGGUUUCUCCAGCCAGACAGGAUGAAUUUGGCAAACCAUUGGAGCUCCUAGCUGUGCCAGGCAGCGGGCACUCCCUCUCCGUGCUCACGCAGCGUCAACAACAUGAAAUGAGACGCUCCUCCUCAGAGCAGGCGCCGUGUAACUUGCGCAAGGAGUUCCCAGAGGUACGCAGCAUAUCAUUUGACUAUGGAAGUCUUUCUCCAACAUCCAAAGUUAGACACGUGGAUCUGAGCGCUCUGAAGGAAAGAAGGAGGGGAAACUUGGUGCGACAGGAGUCACUGAAUAUGGACACUGAAGUGUCACAGGUCGCAUCACAAGUAUUUCCACAGUACCUCAGCGGCACCUCCCCUCCAUUCACUGCAGCUACAGCUCUGCCGCAGACGUUGCCAAUAUUCUCUACCGGGAAUACAUUUCCCCAGCUGUCACAUCCGAGCCUGUUGGUUCCUGUAAGGAUUCAGACUCAUGUGCCAUCCUAUGGCAGUAUCACAUACACCUCAGUGUCACAGAUAUUUGACAAUCAGUACGACUGCGUCAGCUCCACCACUUCCACCCUUCAGAAUCAAACUUCAAGGCUGUCUGGAAAUCUGGAUUCUAAUGUAUCGGCUCAUACCAAACCUUCAACUCACACCCUCAGCGUUGAAGCCCUUGAUUUGUCAUCAGCUAAACUCAAAACUGGCAUCCCUCUCUCUCUGACCUCCAGGACUAUCUCAACCACGAAUGCAUCCAGCGGCGGCGCAAACAAACGGAUGCUCUCCCCCGCCAGCAGCCUGGACUUAUUCAUAGAGGUGAAGCAGCAAAAACGUGUGAAAGAGGAACGAAUGUUUGGGCAGAUUGUAGAGGAGCUGAGUGCUGUGGAGUUGGGAAAAUGUAAUUUGAGCGAAGAGAAGGGGCACAGGUCAGAGAUGCACGGCGCAUCAACACCUCAUGCUCAGGAUGACUCACGUAAGAGUAAAUUUAUCGCACUUCAGCAAAAAGUGACCGAGGCCACCAACCAUGGCGACGAGUCAGCAAUGGAAAGUAGCUCCCUGGAAGCGAGCUCGCCUCCUUACUCCAUGAUAUCCAUCAGUGAAGUGAAAGAAGUUGGCAUGGAGAAGCGGGUGCAGAUGGAUAUAGUGGCACAGCUGGUUACCAGUCAAGACAUCCUGAUCUCAGACGCUGAGCAUUCAAGAUUGUUAUCUCAGUUUCCAAGUCUUCGCACGACGACAGGUGUGAGCUGGUGUUAUCUCAACUACACUAAGCCAAGCUGCUCUCACAGCAGCGCCCCUUUCUCCUCCGUGUACGCCACCUGGUGUAUGAGUUCCCACAACCCAAACCCUCUCGAACUGAGUACCAGCGCGACUCUGGCUCUGCUGCGAUCCAAACAGAGGGGAGACAAGGUUAUCUACACUGUGGCCGCCAUGUGCCAGCCCGGUACCGGGAAACUGGUUUCAUCUCUCAUCCUGUGGAGGCAGACCAUGGAACAGCUGCAGAGGAAACCGGAGCCCAAAGAGGUGGACAUUACCUACGGGAAGAAGGUGAAAGACAUCAGCUGCAGAGUGAAAACUGCCAAGGAGGAGUGGAAAGAGAGGGAGGCUUCCACAACCCAAACAGUGCCAACACGAAUUAAGAUCUUCGAAGGAGGGUACAAAUCCAAUGAAGAUUACGUGUAUGUCAGAGGUCGAGGACGGGGGAAAUACAUUUGUGAGGAGUGUGGGAUCCGCUGCAAGAAGCCAAGCAUGCUGAAGAAACACAUCCGGACUCAUACAGACGUGCGACCAUAUAUCUGCAGGGUUUGCAACUUUGCUUUUAAAACUAAAGGAAAUCUGACAAAACACAUGAAGUCGAAGGCGCACAUGAAGAAAUGUCUUGAACUGGGAGUGUCGGUGACGAUGGAUGAGACGGAGAUCCAGGAACACGUGGACGACGUCCAACAGGAGUCCAAGGCGGAGGUGGCAGUGACAACCAAGCAUCAGUUCUCAGAUGCUGAGGACUCAGACGGCAUGGAUGAGGAAGUUGAUGAAAUCGAUGAAGACGAUGAUGAGGACGAUGAAUAUGAGGGCGAUUCCACUCCAAAGUUGCGUUCGAGAAGCACGAGUCCUCAACAGUGUGGAGUUACCUCUUUGUCGGUCACAGCCACUUCCGCCAUCCACGGCUGCUCUCUCACCUCUUUGCCCGGAGCUGACGUCCGUCAACAGUCCUCCAUCAGGCGUUCGGGCUCAGACCAUCGACCUGUCCUCACGACCGACCAGAGAGAGAAGUCAGUGGACGAAGACUCCCUGACCAUGCUGUCUCCGGACCACAGCAGCUUCCUCUUCGACCCUUACUCUUCUUGUCUGCUCUCUCCUGGCUGGGAGUCCCCAAUCAGGGAGCCGUCCCCUUCGCGUCUGCGUUACCCGUCCCCGCGGCGAGAGCUCUCCCCACGAGGCCGCUCCUCACCCAGAUGGGACACGUCUCCGCUGAGGCCCGGUUCGCCCGGCUUCUCGCCCAUCCAGCACCCCUCCCCGGUGUCGAUGGAGCGGCCCAUGUCACCUGGAACGGAGCUGGCUGGAAAGCGCGAGUCGUCGGUCAGAGGCCGGCAGAGGGUCGUGCUGAGGGCGGUUUCCCCGCGCAGAGGCUCACACCAACAUAAAGGCGGCGGCGACAAAACCAGACACCAAGCGAAGAUGGAGAUGGCUCAACAACAAGGAGCCUUUGAUAUGGAAAUGGAUCAAAGGAGCUGCUUGGCUCCCACCCUCCCCGGUGCUGCCAGUUCUCAUCACCAGAACAUCCUCAGCCACCUCCCUCUCCACUCCCAGCAGCAGGCCCACAGUUUGCUCCCCGUCGUUCCUGUCGGAGGGCUCCAGAUGUUACACUCCCCGCCCUCCUCCAGCACUGAUGUCAGCCCCUCUUCAGCGCCGAGCCCCCAGAGCAGCGAGGGCCAGCGCUGCAGCAGCAGAGAGGGGUCUGUCCACGGGCCGGAGAUGGCAGGAGAGGACAUCAGAAGCCAGGGCCAGCUGUCCUGUCAUCAAGAGACAAGCCUCGAGCCCGGAGUAAGGGACAGCGGACAGGAGGAGAACGUCCAGACCUGCUUGAAAGCCAUCGCCUCGCUGAAGAUUACCACAGAGGACCCUCAUUAAGACACGCUUUUUCUGUCUUCUCGAUUUGAUCCAGGAACAGGCGCCCCCUGCUACACCUGCAACCUUGUCAUCUUCGGCCCUUUAGGCACAUAACCUCGUCUGUAUCCCAUUAGAGGCAAUAUAAUAACACUUCCUCUGGUCUCGCACAUAACCCCAGACAGCUUCUUUUUAAAUACAAAGAAGAAACCUACCCCGUCUGAUGUGCUCCUCCUCUUCAGAGGCUCUUUGGAAAAAUUAGACGAGCAGCAGGAUGUUCUGCAAGGUGGAGAAUCAUUAUUGGGUGCAGGUGCAAUAUGGAAAGAUAUUAUGCUAAUAUGCCUUUGUCUGACAUAGUAGUUUGCGUACAAUUGCACAUAAAUUAUAUUUAUGGAUUCUGUACAAAUGUCCUUAACAUAUACUCCUUCUUAGAUGCAUACAAACAGUGUAUUUUACUGUGUGUACUUUCAAAAAUAGACUGUUGUUUAUGUAAUCAUAUCAAGGUGUGAUGCAGUAGUGCAGUAAAUAAAGGCUAUUUAUAAGGGGAAAAGUAUGUGUAUUAUGAAACAGUCUGACCAAAUUUUAAGUAGACGCUUCUUGUGCAGUUUGGUGCUUCUGAUCAAGCGGCAAGGGUCUGUGCCUUUACUUUGCUUUUCAUCGUUUCUUUAUCAGACGGCCGUCAGCGAAUAUUGAAAAAUGUACUCUUUAUUCAGAGGAGUCUGCGGUUACGUAGAGUUUGCUCAAAGGAAGGCCUUUUCUUUUUUUUCUUUCUUUCUUUCUUGUUCCGUCGGUGCGGCUGACGGAUGGAUGCAGCUUGGUUAUCUUAAGGAAAAAAAAUUGUUUCUUAUGUUGCGUUUUUCUUAAUGUUGUGGUUUUUAUCUUAAAUGCAUGGGAUUUGCUAUUGCACAAAAAUAGAGGAAGUAAUUAUGUAAUUAUGAAUACUGUAAGAUGUAUUUAUAUAUUAGAACGUAAGCACUUAUUGAUACUGGUAAAUAUUUGACUACUAUUUAUAUGGUAUAUCUGUACUUAUGCAGCAGUGAUGCAGUUAUGCAGUGAGCCACGCUGGCAUUGCUUUUGAUCUCAUGAUAAACAGACAGCUUCUUCUUCUUCUCUUCUUUUUUUUUUCCCCUCGCUUAUACAGAUGACCAUUUUAUGCGUUUUAAAGAUGCACUUUCAUCCUUUCAUCUUUGAUGUUUCAACUGACUUGGUCAGGGGAGACGAGGGAGGAGUAAAACAUGUCACGUUCUCUUGUGGUUUUUGAAACAUUCCAGUUGUUUUUCAUAUUUCUCGUUGUGUGAAACGUGUUGCACACAAAUCCAAGGGGCUAUGAUGAUCAGUCAAUAGUACAUUUUUCUUGCAUUUCAAGUGUAACUGGAUUAAUCAAUAUCACUUACUGUAAGUUAUACUAAAGUAAUGAUGUUAACAGCAUGAGAUGGUUGGCUAUUACUGUGCUUCGGCUCGAAAUGUAAGUAAUCAUUCACCAAAUGCAUUACUUCUUCUCUGUAUAUAUACGUGUAUUUUUAUGAUUUAAACUAUUUUUGCAGUGUUGAAUUAUGAAAAAAAAAAACUUUUUAUGUGGAUUGUUUAUAUCUCUUUAAGAGGUAAAAUGUCUGCAGCUGAUGCAAUGGCGGAGGUUUAAAGAGGGCGAACAUAGCACAGUGUUGAUCGCUAACAGUGUGUCACAUCUUUAAAAAAAAAAAAAACAUCUAAUGUAUUCAAGUGGUUUGAGAAUGGAUUUAAAUUUUAAAAAAAAAAAAAAAGAAGAAAAACCCACUUUGUUCACUCAUGUUUACAUAAAAAUUUUUUAAAGGUGCACUGCUUUAAUUUUUUGUGUUUUCCCUCUCCGGACUUGUAUGUAGCUUUGAUUUCAGGUAAUUUAAUUUGUCGUGGUAUCGGUGCAGAACGCUCAUAAAAAUGUGAAGGGAAAGUGAAGCCUUUUAUUUGCUUUUGCAUACAGUACAUGUAUUCAGAUUGUGUUCUGUUUUUUAUCGUGUAUUCAUAUUUACUGAACUGCAUUGUGCCUCUCAUGUCUAUGGAAAUUCCCUGUAAAACACACAGAGGACAAAUCAUUUUACCUCUCAGCUAAGAUUUCUUGAGGGAAAAGACCUCAGUAGCCAAUCCGUUGUUGUUUUCAUCAAAAACUGGUUAGUCAGGAAGGAGUGCCUCUUUUAUGCUAUGAGGAAUUUAUUGUUUGGUGCUCUACUUUUUCAAAUUAAAUUCAAAAUUGUUUUAAAAAGAAUAUACUUCUAACCCAA